AUGGAUCCAUUCUCUCUGACUUUGGGCCUCUUGCCGUUGGUCGGCGGAGCAAUCAAGGCAUGCUCUGUUGUCCGCAAGAAAUUCAAGACGUUUCGACACUACUCGAGAGAAGUCCGGCGCAUCCAAAAGCAAGUUGACCGUCAACUGAACUUCUUUACGAAUGAGAUACACCUGCUGCUUAGACGAACUGUUGAGAAUGAAGAGACGAUCGCCUCAAUGCUUGAGAAUGAGAACACUCAACAAUGGCAUAGCUCUCAGAUUGAGGAAGAGAUGAGAAAAGCACUCGAUAAGGAUUAUGAUGUCUGCCAGGGCGUGAUUGAAGACAUCGUCGGCGCGGCGCAAAGCUUUCAGGACGACUUCCGCUGCUUCGACGGACUCACGGCAGAGUUCGAGAAACAUAUCCAAGAUCUGCGAGCGUCCAUCGACGACCUCAAACGUAUCCGAGAGCAGAGGAGUGAGCUGAGACGGAAUAAGAAUGAGCUCAUAGCAACGAAGCAACCUCCUGGGAAACUAAGCCAAGAAUACGGGCAUAUCGGUCAAGUCAGGAGAGCGUCGAAAGCCUUCCACGAAGCCCUUGCCGAAGCUUGGUCUACCUCGAGUACUUCCACCGAGGUACUCGGCAUGCGCCAUACUGUUCGACUGUUUCUGGAUACCACGGUCAAAGACGAUGUUCAGAUGCAUGUUGCUAUAUCCUGCAUGGGCCAUGAGCUUACUGAUAGAACGGUGGUACAGGAAAGACUUGCUAGAAUUCUAGUGCGAUCACAGAUACGGACGUGGAUUGCUGAAACCGACAACUCUACGUCAGGCGUACCUGAUCCAGACGAAAGACCCCGGCAGAAACGAAGAAAGGUCCGCUUUUCGGAAGACGUGCGAGAAGAGGCCGGCAAAGAAGAUGAUGAGUUUGACGCAACGAGGGGCGUGAACCAUCGCCAGGGCUCAUCAGUCAACUUGUGCUCAAAGGGUCUAUGCCCAGCCUUGAAUAGCGUCUUCAACUUUGCCUCAGAAGGGGUUUGUAGCGAUCAAUGCCUAGGGUACAUUGACAGCUCAUCGCAAGAUCCAUUCCGGCAUUCGAUUUACCCUGGAUCUGUGGACAAUCACAACCACAUCAUGACCACAUCUCAAGCUCUGAUGUCAAUGAACGACGUGUUGAUGACUCCUGCCGAGACCACGCUUUCCAUUAUCGACCAACUAAAGCUGGCUCGUGACAUGGUGAGCGCGGUUCUCAAAUUUUACUCCACGCCGUGGCUGAGAGAGUACUUCACCCUACGGGACCUCUCCUUCUUUCAGAUGAGCGGGGACUUUUCGAGGUGCCUUCGGACCCUCCAUCUAGGCUUCGACUUUGUCCAGUCAUCCGCUGCAAGCCUACCACGAAGCAUGGAGGGAAUAGAGGCGACGGCCGUGCAGGACAGCAGCGACGGCAGCCCUAACGAAGUAGAGAGCGCUGCCGAGCGCGCAAAGUUGGAGUACGGUAUACGCAACCUGACGCUUUGGAGUCUCGGUAUCACUCUGCUUCAGAUCGGACGGUGGUCUAGCCUAGAGGCCCCGGAAGACGUUCUCAGCGUUCGGAGGCUGUCGCGGCAGGUCCCUACUUUGGGUCCGAAGUACAGGGACCUCACCAGGAAAUGUCUGGAGUGUGACUUUGGAUUCGGUGACGACUUGUUGAAGCCGCGCUUGCAGCAGGCUGUAUACGAGAGCGUGGUUUGCGAGUUGAGCGAUAUGAUCAAGACACUGGAUGUCAGCGAUGAUUGA